CAUCACUCUUCUCUUUACUUCACAUCCAUAGUGAAGGCCAGCUCAGAUUUUAGAGCUCUGAUCAGUUUUCUCCUUCCUACUCUCAUUCCUUUUGUAUCUGAAACAAUGGCAUUCCAAAAGGCGUUUGCUGCUUUGCUUAUUGCAUCACUUGUGCUUGUCCAUUUCACUCAUGCUCUUCAACAGGGAAACAACAGUAAGCCACCAGCACCAAGCCCUCAAGCUCCAAAGCCAUUAGAUUGUACAGGAGCCUGUGAAUAUAGGUGCAGCGAGUCGUCUAGGCCAAAUCUAUGCAACAGAGCAUGUGGAAGUUGCUGCCGUACCUGCCACUGCGUGCCACCAGGGACCUCUGGCAAUUAUGAAGCUUGCCCUUGCUACUUCAACCUUACUACUCAUAACAACACCCGCAAAUGUCCUUAAACAUUGAUGAAUGAUGGCGACUUACAUUUUCCCAAUUUUUCUCCUCCAAAUGUCCCUCUUAUUGAAUUUGUUGUGUAUCAUUAAGUAUGCCAGCUGUUGAUUUUGAAAUUUAAUCAAUUUUUUUCCUGUGUACGAUUGAAAGUUCAGUGUUUUUAAUGCAAUAUUAAUGGAUACUACUACUACUAUUUUUUUGAUUUUC